CUUCUCCCGGCAUCCAUCGCGCUGCGGCGAGCCUAGUUCCCGGUCGCCUCUGCCGCUGUUGCUGCUGCCUGGACUUUGGCUGCGCCCGCCGGUGCCUUCGCUGCUGUGCCGCCGCUGCCGCCGCCGCCGCCAUGGCCGCCUACAGCAAGUUUUUCACCGCGCGCUACUCCACCAUGGCCGGGGCGACAGCUGCCGCUUGCGCGCUGCUUUGCCUGCUCAGCAAGCGGAGGAAGGCGGCUGCUCUCCAAGGAAAGAAAAGUGGAAGAAUAUCUAGCAAUGAGAAAGAAGUUAAGAAAGACCGAGCAAUGGUAGACAGAGUUUUUGUUGGAAGAAUAUGCCGCAUCCUGAAAAUAAUGGUCCCUAGAACAUUUUGUAAAGAGACAGGUUACUUGAUACUAAUUGCCAUGAUGCUAAUACUUCGCACGUACUGUGACAUUUGGAUGAUUCAAAACGGAACAGUUAUUGAGAGUGCUAUCAUUGGCCGCAGCAGGAAAGAUUUCAAGAGGUACUUGUUCAACUUCAUCGCUGCCAUGCCUGCUAUUUCCCUAGUGAAUAACUUUUUGAAGUAUGGCCUAAAUGAACUUAAGUUGUGUUUUCGUGUACGACUCACCAAGUACCUUUAUGAGCAGUAUCUUCAGACUUACACUUACUACAAAAUGGGAAACAUAGACAACAGAAUAGCUAAUCCUGAUCAGCUGCUUACACAAGAUGUAGAAAAGUUUUGUAACAGUAUAGUAGAUCUGUAUUCAAAUCUUAGCAAGCCAUUUUUGGAUAUUGUUCUCUAUAUCUUUAAGCUAACCAGUGCAAUAGGAGCUCAGGGUCCUGCUAUUAUGAUGGCCUACUUGAUUGUUUCAGGCUUUUUCCUUACGCAUUUAAGAAGACCCACUGGUAAGAUGACUGUCACAGAACAAAAGUAUGAAGGAGAGUAUAGAUAUGUCAAUUCACGUCUCAUUACAAACAGUGAAGAAAUCGCUUUUUAUAAUGGAAAUCAAAGGGAACAGCAGACGAUUCACAAAACGUUUCGCAAACUGGUGGAGCACUUGCACAACUUCAUUUUGUUCCGGUUUACCAUGGGAUUUAUCGAUACCAUUGUUGCCAAAUACCUUGCCACGGUAGUUGGCUAUCUUGUUGUUAGCCGCCCUUUUCUGAAUCAUGCUCAUCCUCGCCAUCUAAACAGUACCCAUGCAGAACUUCUGGAAGAUUACUAUCAGAGUGGAAGAAUGCUACUGAGAAUGUCCCAAGCACUGGGCAGAAUAGUUCUGGCAGGGCGUGAAAUGACACGAUUGGCUGGGUUCACAGCUCGAAUUACAGAAUUAAUGCAAGUACUGAAGGACUUACACAGUGGCAAAUACAAGCGUACCAUGUUAUCACAAGAAAAGGAUUCAGAAAUAGAGCAAGCGAUCCCCUUGAUUCCUGGUGCUGGAAAAAUUGUCAUAGCAGAUAACAUUAUCAAGUUUGAUCAUGUUCCAUUAGCAACACCAAAUGGCGAUCUGCUGAUUAAAGACCUUAACUUUGAGGUACGGUCAGGUGCCAAUGUUUUGAUUUGUGGGCCAAAUGGAUGUGGAAAGAGUUCACUGUUCCGUGUGCUUGGUGAGUUGUGGCCUCUGUUUGGUGGUUGUCUAACUAAACCUGAGAGAGGAAAGCUAUUUUAUGUACCCCAGAGACCAUAUAUGACCCUUGGAACACUAAGAGACCAAGUAAUAUAUCCAGAUGCUGUAGAAGACCAGAAAAAGAAAGGCAUAUCUGACCAGGUGCUGAAAGAGUACUUGGACAAUGUUCAGUUGGGUCAGAUCCUGGAACGUGAAGGAGGAUGGGAUAGUGUUCAGGACUGGAUGGACGUACUCAGUGGAGGAGAAAAGCAAAGGAUGGCAAUGGCCAGGCUGUUUUACCAUAAGCCUCAAUUUGCAAUUCUGGAUGAAUGUACAAGCGCAGUUAGCGUUGACGUAGAAGGCUACAUCUACAGCCAUUGCCGGAAAGUUGGCAUCACUCUCUUCACUGUAUCUCACAGAAAGUCCCUUUGGAAGCACCAUGAAUAUUACCUUCAUAUGGAUGGAAGAGGAUAUUAUGAGUUCAAGAAAAUUACUGAAGACACAAUUGAAUUUGGUUCUUAAACACAUCUUCACCCUGCAACAAUGAUGGAUAAGAGCAUAUAGAAAGACAAACGGCACUGCAACAUAAUAGAACUACAGAACUUAUUCUUUAAACAGAUUUAGUAGGAAUACAAUAAUCAAAACAAGAUGUUGAGGCAUUUACUAUGAUGUAGGAUAUUACUAAUUUGUGUAUAUGUUGGUUUAAUUAUUAAUAUGUACUAAGAAUGCCCUUAUUCUUGUGGUUUUUGGAAACCUGCCUAAAUUAAAUUGGGCUUAAAUCACUUUAUUAACUUUGAUUCAACCUGGAUGCAAAUAUUCUGAAGUCAGCUAAUUUGACUUCUAUUUGAUCUCUGUCUCCUCUGGGGAGGAAUCCUGUUAAAAUGUAGCAUUGCUACCUCUUCUGUUCCCAGUACUGCGUAUGUGAAUUUCCAUGUCAUGUUCUGAUGUAUCGAUCAAUUGUACUGAAUAUCGUGCUUUUUGCAGGUUGGUACAAGGUUCUGCUACUGCAGCAAAAUGCACAGGGCAAUGAGCCUUUCCCUUUGCGAAGGUUCUGGAGGAGCUCUGCUUGCAGAGGUACUGGGUUCAGGAGAGAAGCAAACCCCAUAUGUGUAUUUUUAACUACUAUGCGGGGAUCCUCUUUCCAUUUUUUCUAUUCACAGUAUCCCACUACUGCUUUGGUAUUAUCUGUCCAUUCUCUCAUUCACGUUAGCUAGAAAUAGCCAUUUUGGGCUUGGUGUCCCACUGUGGAAACUAAAGAGAAAGGAAGGGCGAUGGUUGCAUUUUUUGAACAAAUAUUUCAAUUUUUAUAAUCUGCUAUAUGAGAGUGAGACUUGCUCACUGAAUAUCUCUCUCUCUCUCUCUCUCUCUUUAAAUGUGCAGUGCCUGAGGAUAGCUUUCAGAGUUGAUAAAGGAUUUUUUCUUUUUUUCUACCUGUUACCAACUUAAUGGUUAGCCAUACAAGAACAAUUCCCAGAAGGGUGUGAUGUAAUCGUGUAUUUGAUGCCAGCCAGUUCAUAUAUGGAAGAGAUUCUUUUUAUGAAGUAUUACUUUUCCAUGGAAACAUGUCAUGAUACACAAGAUCAUUGCUUAGAGGAAGACUUGAAACAAAGCUGAGAAGAUAGUGUCUGGCUAGCCUGUCCAUGUAGUAAGAUGCCAUUUACCUUUAUAAAAAUCACUGGAAACCCCUCCAGUACUUUCAAGGUCUGAUGGGUGUGUGAUUUUUGCCCAUGUGAUGUAACACUGAAAUGCACUACCUGAAGGCAUGCACUACAUAUGCAAAUAAAUAUGAUCACUGUCUUUUCCCCUUGUAAAACCAGUAUUCAUUUUCAGUGGUUUGUUGUCAUUUUUAAUACCUCCUCUUUCAUAUUAAGAUGGCUGCCUUUCUAAAUUUUGUAAACAUGAAACAGAAAAUUGUGUGUCCGUCAUCUUUGGCUUCCACAACAGUGCUCCAGUACAACAUUAUAAAUGCCAUUGUUUUUUUUUUAACGUGCUUUGUACAAAUUAACCAGUUGAGAGCUGCAACAGUCAAACUAAGAGUAAAGCUUUAAAAGACUUACCUUUGAACUAAUUUCAUCUGUAUGUCACCGAUUUUGAUUUUACUAAACAUACGUAACAGAUGACUUCUGAAGGAUUUUGUGGCAGUCUGAGGAGGGGCUUGAUAUACCACAGCCGGAUGUUUAGUACCUCCAUGAGCAAAUUAGUUGACACAUUCUCAAAUGCUCAUGUGGUUUCAGAGGUAAAUGUGGCUCAUAACAGAUUGCUUUGAUGCUAGCGGUACGUUCCUUCUCCAGGUAACCUUUGUCUCUAAAGUUAACUGCCCUACAGUGGCUCUCUUAGAGAAGCUGGCUGUCUCAAAUAUAAAUGUUUUUAAGGAACUUCCAUACUUUUCUAGAGUGGAAAAACGCUGCUUUAUAAAUAUUUGUAAUUUUUUUCCCAAUAAAAUUGUGGUAGUAUUCUUGAGGGUUUUUUAAAGGAUGUUGUGUUUUUGUCAAUAACUAUCAGAAAACAUGUGUUAUUUAUAUAGCAUCAUUUGUAAAAGGCCCAAAAUUGUUGCAGUUCAACAUCCAGUGAUAAUAGUGAAGGCAAGUUUAUUUAACCUGUUAAAACAGUGCAGAUCGACUUCACUUGUCAAUGAGAGAAGAGACUAGUUCAUUGACUUCAACAUUUGACAGCAAAUUGAGACGGGACGGGUGCUCUGAAGCCAGGCAAUAUCUAUAUGUGUAUUGUGAGGGCUCCAGAAUUGACUGACCCUGUCAGGCAGUCCGCAUGUGAAGACCAAAUAAACCUGAUCAGGGCUCAAGGGGAAUUGUGUUUAAGACCAUGCUAUUUUGUGAAGAAAUUUUGCAAAUGCGGUUCAUAGUAAUUUUUAAAAAGUGGUUCAGUUAUGCUUUGGUCUUGUACAUUGGUUGCUACUUUCAUGGUUGCUUAAACUGGAAAUCCUGAGUGGUAGGAAAGAUGGAAGGAGCAAAGAAUCUCUGUGCUUCAUAUAUAACUUCAGCCUGAUGGUGUUUAAUAGUUGCAAUGGCUGCCAUUUCCACUGAGGGGAAGUAAUAAGUGUACUGUAAAUUGUUUUUGGGAGGAAAGGCACAAUAUAAAUGUAAGAUUUUUCUACACAGAUGAGAUAAUAAAGCUGAGAUAAACAUC